UGUGACAACCCUCAGUCCCGAGUAGGCUCUCUUCACUCCUUCCCUCUCUGCAGUCAUGCUGUGUCCGACAGUCCUCGGCCUCUUGCUGGCAAGUGCAGUGUCUCUAAGCAGCUCUGCUGUCAUUCUAGAAAAUGGCAUGCCCGUCCUGUGGGUACAUACGACCGGCCUAGUGACUGACCUGCCGAUACAGAAUGGCGUCCUGACUCCUGACCCGUGGCACUUCCUUCACCGAAUGAGUCUUUACCGGCUGAUGAUAGCUGCUACAGACCCGUUUAUGGGCUCCAUGGGGACAAAUGCCACAGACAGUCCUCUGUGGGGACUGCCACUGCAGCUUGGAUGGAUGCUGACUUCAGGACGUCUCGCUGAUCCAACCGGUGCUACAACCUGUGGCCUGGAAUCAGGAGAUACCAUGUGUAUUUCAACUCAGAGCUGGUGGGGCUGUGUGAACUACUAUGCCUCUGCACUGCCCUUCCUGUCUGCUGCACAGCAGGGCUUCUUGGGAGCAGGAGUUCAGGUCCAGAUGCAGGUUCCUGAAGGUGUAACGGACUACUGCACCACAUAUGCUGACUGUGCAGCUCAGUACCCUGACGCCAUGUCUACGUGGGAUGCCUUUUUUCAGGGUCUGAAGUCUGCGGCUGAGUCUGAACUCCCUGAAAAUGAGAAGAAAGAUGCUCUCCUCGGCCUCUACUGGGCAGCCCAAAUGGCUUCAACUCAAGCCUCUGCUACAUGCAAUGCCAAGCAGGGCCACUACUCUUCUGCAGAGGUGUCAUUUGCAAACAGCUGGCAGAACUCUGCAGAGUACGUUUCAGCAGCACAUUUCCAUUCCAAUUUGGAAAAUUCUGCAAUGUUCAUAACCCCUCUGCCGAGUCGAGUUUUACAGGCGACUGACAGUGCGCCUAAUAUUGCUGAUCUGAGUCAGGAGGAGAACCACACACUGUCUAUCUUCUCCUGGAUGAGCAGUGUCAAUUCUCUACUGGGUGGGACGUUGGUGCGUCUUUGGAAAAGUGCCAUGUGUUCAGUGAGCACAAGGGAGAGAGGCAGAGAGAUGUUGGGGCAGCUUCUACUGAAUCCCAGCUUCGCCACAAACACUUUCCUGUCCAUCAUCACUGGAAUGACUACGAGCUGCUGAGUGAAUAAUACAGGCUUUUAUACGGGGAGACACAUACAAUACAAAAAGACAUAGAUGAUAUUUCUUUUCAGUAGUGAAAGUAAUUUAUGUUUGUUCUUGUCACUCUCAUGUGAAAUGUGUGUCCCAGUAAACCGUCAGCAAACCGUCA